AUGUCGCCUAGUGCUGUUCAAGAACAUGUGGAUGAUGCCCCAACCUCGAUCAAAUCAUCCCCUCAACCUCCUCCGGGAGCCGACUUCUCCACCUUCCGGUCUCUAGUCCCUCUUCUGGCAGAAAAGAGCCUUACCUACCUCAAUGCCUCCUACCAACCCCCCUCAAAUCUGAUAAUCCACGGCGCCAUCGCCAAAUUCACUUCCGAUGCCCUCUACAACCCUCAUCCAAAGCCUCAAUGGCAGAACGCCGUCGAAGAGACUCGUGCUUUAGUCGGCCGGUACAUCAACGCCGACCCAAGUUCCCUAGCCUUCACCCGUGACACAACAGAGGCACUGGGAUGCUUCAUUCGGAGCCUCAAAUUCGAGCCUGGUGACAACGUCGUCGUCCUGGACACAGAGCACCCGAACCACGUCUACGGGUGGAUGGCUCUCCGCAGAGCCGGCCUCGAGGUUCGACAGGUGCCCACCAUCUCGACAGCGGAAGAAACCGGGCACGUCACGGCCGCCAACGCCGCAACAUUUGCGCCGUAUGUCGACGAGCGUACCAGGGCCAUCGGUCUCAGCUCCAUCAUGUUCCACAGCGGCCAGUGGAACGACGUGGCCAACAUCUGCGCAACAUACAGACCACGCGGCAUUCACGUUCUCGCAGACCUCACGCAGCAGGUCGGCUUCGCAGAAGUGGAUGUACGAGCUCUGGGGGUUUCUGCGGCGGCCUUCAGUCUGCACAAAGGGUUGAACUGCCCGACGGGCUUCGCGGUUCUCUACGUCAACCCGGAGUUCAUCGCCGACACCAACCCCACUCCGCCUAUCGUCGGUUAUGGGGCCGUCAGCAACGUGCGCGCUGACCUGUUGGUCCCUUCCGAGGAGGUGAUAUAUCAUACUUCCACUCGCCGAUACGAGCAUCUGAAUUUGAGCUUGAUCAGUGCCGCGACUGCAAAGGCGUUUUUGACGUUUUAUUUGGAUUCCAUGGGUCCCGGGCGUGUGCAGGAGCACCUUUACCGCCUGGGUGAUGUGUUGAGAGAGGAGUGCCGAAGUCUCGGGGUGAAGAUAGUCGGGCCCUCGGCCCGCAAGGAUCAUGCGCCUCAUUUGUACAUUCUGGAUUUGCAUGACGCGAGGUGGAUGGAUCUCUUGAAGGAGAGUGGUGUGCUUGUUACGCCCUAUCGUCUGGGCAUCAGAGUUUCUUUUGGUUUCUACAACAACACCUCAGAUGUGAAGAAGCUUGCUGGUGUCCUAAAGGCAGGAUUAGAGGCGGGCCUUCCCUUGCCCUGA